CAGGACGCCGUCGAAGGGUGUACAGAAAACCAAUGCUUCAAAGACUUUUGGUCGCAGCUAUCAAGCGACCCAUGUCAACAAUGACUUCAUCUUUGACACCGGUCGAAGACAUCAUCAAGUCUCGGGUAUCAUCAGCCUUCAGUCCGACUUCUCUUGAAAUUUUCAAUGACUCUCAUCUUCAUUCCCACCAUAAGGCAAUGCAAGGGAGUACUUCAAAAGAGACUCACUUCAGGGUCAUGAUCACUUCAGAGGCGUUCAAAGGCAAGCCUCAACCUGCGCGACACCGGAUGGUAUAUGCUCUCCUGCAAGAUGAAAUGUCCCGUGACGGAGGCAUCCACGCCUUGCAACUACGGACGCGAACUCCCGAAGAAGAACAAAAGCAAUUAGAGAGGGAGCGCGGCGCAUGAAGACAUACGAUGAAAACAUAAGCUGUAGGGCAAUGUCUCAUAAGACUUAUGAUUUGAACGAUCGUCUUGACCCGACCUACAAGCCUUACUUGAUCAAGACAUAUCUGGGAAGAAAGCACGGCGCGGAGUCUGAUGGACAGACAUUAGAGCGCACCACUCGGGCGACCGAAUCACAUUUCAACUGAUACCCAAAUAUUGAGCGCAAGAUAAAUUGCCAGAGCUAUCAUGUAAUUCCUGGCGAAUGCAUCUUUAUUCAAAUGACAUC